AAUUACCAGCGAUAGUCAAUCACAUUUAACCUGUCUAAUCAGAGUGACGAGUACUGCUUUUAGCCCAUCCCAUUACUUUCUGAUCCACUUCACUUUUAGCCAAUCAGGGGAGCGCUCUCUCUGGCGAAACCAGUUUUUAAUUAGUACGCCAAGGACCCUUUCCUGAGUUGUGCUUUCAGCUGCCUGAUAACAAUGCUUGUUUUAAGAUGAUGCCUGAUUUGACUGUUCGACCGGAGUUAAAAACAUCCGCAGAGACUACUCCAAAAGUCCCAUUUUAUUUUAAUGGUUUCAUUUUGUUUACUGUAGUUUUCAGAGGAGCAAUGAAUGCUGUCUUCAUUACUUUUGCUUAAUUUGUUGGUUAUAAAAGUGAGAGACUACAUUUUAUUCUGUUUAGGUACUAUAAAAACUAGAGUUUCCUUUACAGUGAUUUCAUGCAGAAACAGCAUUGCCAAAUGUAAUGAAUCCAUAAUACUAUAAAAUCAACUUUAUGUUUGUGUUUCUUUCAAUAAAAAGUAGAGUGACCUAGUCACACAUUUAUAAUAGCUUUAAAAUGUUAAACUUUGAAGCUGUAGUACAAAUCUAUAUUGUUAAGCAAUAAAUUACAAUUAUUUUGAUAAACACAAUUGGGUUGCUCUAAAUAGCCAGGCUCAUGUCUUUGGACUACUUGAACAAUUUUCUAAUAACAUUUCAUUGAGUAAAGAUUUAUUGUAUUUAUUCCAUCAGAUUUAUUUCCUGGUCAACCUGUUUAGGAUUUGGUGUGAUACCUGCUGCCCUACACGUACAUUUCAAUACACCUUACUUUACACCACAGCCCUUUGUCCUCUGGAAAGAUGCUCUGGUUUAGACUUUACCAAGCACAAAACCUAUUAGAACCCGAUAUUGCAUUUGGAUAAAAUAAUAUGCAAUAAAGCAACAGACAAAAGGUUUAAUGGAUUCAGAUGGAUUCAUGCAUCAUGCUAAACUAUAAUUUGUUUGGUUCAAUACAUUGUGAAUCCAGUCAUUGUUAUGUUUAAACAAAUUAUGGUCUGGCAACAUGUACACACAUCCAUAUUUAUUUAUUGGGUGCUUCUAAACUGCAAUUUAGUUCAGAAUAUCAUGUUUAUUUCAGUCAAAUAUACUCCCAAACGAUUGAUUUUUGGUCUUUAAUGUGACACCUAUAGUUCUAGCCCUAUACUAGAAGAUCAAAAAACCCUACUAUUUAGCUAGCUGCCAUUGAGUAUUAUGAACUCAAUUUGUGUAGUUGGUUCAGGGUUCAGUGAACCCAAAAUUAAAUUAGAGUGAGACUAUUACCCAUAAGUAAAUAAGCCAAGUCAAAUACAACUAGCGUGUUGUGUGCGAAAAUUUCCCAUAAACCGUGCUCAAUGAUAUCACUUGUUCAGUUGGGGUGGUGUGAUGGAGGUUUAGUUAAAUUGAUUUGGCCCAAUCUGGAUUAUAAGGUCCAGAUAAACUAGUUCCGUCUGCUUAUUUAUUUUUUAUUUUACUUAUUUUAUUAAAUAUAUUUAUAUGCCGCCCAAUCCCGAAGGAUUCCGGCCGGCUUACAAAGAAUUAAAAUCAGCAGCAAAUAUAUCCAUCACACAUUUUUUUAAAAAGCCCUCUGAAAUGUUUAGUAGAAUAAGGCAGAUUUAGAGUUAUGUUUGGGCCUGCUUAGUUGUUGGAAAGGAGACCACUGGGAAAUCCCAGGGCUGGAGAUUGAACUAAAAAACAUUUUUAUAGCACUGCCAGGAAAACUGCACGGAUGUCUCCCUUUAGUGUCAAACUCGGAGCUUUCUGCCUUUUUCCCCAGUGUAAGAUUUAUGUCCCGUAACACAAGUUGGGGAAAAUAAGACUCGCACCACACAGGCUUGGCUUAUUCCUCGGUUUCCCCCCAUGGUCCGUCACAUAAUUCCAUGUGAUCCUAAGUACAUUAAUUUCUAAGAAGAUCCUGCAAAAGUCCAAAAUCUAAUCUCUUAAUAUAAAGCACGCCUAAGAUCGGUGUUAAAACGAUGAACGACGAUGUUAAAACCAUUCCGGUCUGAGCUUUCUCCUCUCCCCCCCCCCCCGAUCCUAUCUUCACCCCUUGAAGGUUAUUUAUUUAUUUUCUUCUAACCCCAUCCGUAUUUUUUUCCUCCCCAAGAGCUUUCUGGAAACGAGGGUUUCGAGCGUCCUUUCCGCCUCUCCGAACCGCCGUCCGCAGGUCGCGCAAAGCCCGUCCUGCCGGGAAAGGGGGCGAGGGGGCACAGGCGAAGGCGUCCGCCGGGGGGGGGGCGCGGGGGAGCUCCGCUGGCGGCGCCUGCCCCUUUAAUGCACCCUUCCUUGACAAGCCCGGCCGACGGACGCUUCGCUACAAUGCUCCCUUUUGAGCGUGCGCGCGUGCGGCGACAGUAUUUUGAAAGAGCCAGAGGGGUGGGGCAGCACCAAUGCAAAUUAAGCCGAGUGGGAGGAGGGAGGUUGCUAUUUUUUUAUUUUUUAUAAAAAAGAUUCAGCUGAAAAUGUACAAAUAAAACUGCCUAGGAAACCUUCGUCGGUUGCAAUCGGGCAUUGAGCUGACCCUCUAUGAGUCUGUGCCUGCUAGGGUCCUGCCUCCGGAGCCCGUGCGGGGAUGUCUCGGAGACCCCGCGCUGACUGCUGCUCAAACAUCACGUUGACAUGGAUGAUGAAGAUGGACGAUGCUUGCUAGAUGUAAUUUGUGAUCCUCAGGCCUUGAAUGAUUUUUUACAUGGAUCUGAAAAGAUUGACAGCGAUGAUCUCUUGGACAACACGGGAGAUGCAGCCAGUGCCUUCUUUGAGAGUGCUGGGCUGCAUGUGCAGGAAACCUCUGGUAAUCAUUUGAAUGCUGAGCAAAGCCAGCCCACAACAAGUGUUGAUUUAGACUUCUUGGAAGAUGACAUUCUGGGCUCGCCUUCAGGAGGUGGAGCCAACCUGCAGAAUUCAGAUCAACCAUGUGAUAUCCUCCAACAGAGUUUGCAGGAGGCAAACAUCACCGAACAGACUCUGGAAGCAGAGGCAGAACUCGAUCUGGGUUCUUUUCAGCUCCCUACGCUCCAACCAGUGGUGCACACUGCCUCGGAUGGUACCCCGCAGAUUUUUUCCAGUGGGGCUGACCUCAUUGGAUUACAGCAACCCGCUGUCCUAACUCAUCAAGCACUGGUGCAGCAGUCUGUUGGGGCUGACGUGGUCAACAAAGCCAUCAGCGUGCAGCCUUUUCUUCAACAAGUUGGCUUAGGAAAUGUCACCAUCCAGCCGAUUUCUAAUCUUCAAGGGUUGCCCAAUGGCAGCCCGAGUGGGGCACUGGGCAUUGGGCAGAUUCAAGUUGUUGGCCAGCAAGUCAUGGCAAUUAACCAGCCUGCUCAACAGAUCAUUGCUAAGCAAGUUCAGCCUUCCCAAGUGGCCACUAUGCCCGUAGGAAGUUACAUCACUCAGACAGCCGCAGAACAACAGCAGGUCACCCUGGCCUCCGCUGGCGUAUCCCCGCAGAAUGCCAGUCUUGUGAUCCAGAAGAACCACCCAGCAGUGUCCACUACCACUCUGAAUGGAAGCUCGAUGUUUGGAAGCGUAUCAGCUGCUCAGGGUUCCCAACCACUCACGGUCACGUCAAACUUGAGCAGCCCACUUGUUCAAGCCCAAAAUGUCAUCAUUCACCGGACACCCACGCCGAUUCAACCCAAACCUGCAGGUGUCCUUCAGCAGAAGCUGUACCAGAUCACCCCCAAACCCUUUGGCCCCAACAACACCACGCUGACCCUCCAAAAUGAGGCUGCUCUCCAGCAACAGAAAGCUCAGCAGAACUUAACUUUCAUGGCAGGCAAAGCGGGACAGAAUGUGGUGCUUUCUGGCUUCCCACCAGGGCUGCCUGCCAACAUGUUCAAGCAGCCACCGCCACAGCAACAAACUCUGAAUAAGCCAAUGAGUGUUCAUCUGCUUAAUCAAGGCAGCAGCAUUGUUAUCCCCGCACAGCAUGUCCCUCAGGCCAUGCUACAGGGUCAAAACCAGUUCCUCCUCCCAGGCCAGCUCACCGGAACAUCGACUGUUCAGAUCCCUCAGCAGCUCUCAGCAUUACAGGCUAACAUGGGUGGUCAGAUUCUGACAACGUCACAUCCUAGUGGGCAAACUCACAUCAUCACCAGCCAAGGCCCAGGUGGGCAGCUAAUAAAUCAAGCACUGCCUGCCCAAAUUCUCACCAAUCAGAACCUGGCAAGCCAGCUGAAUUUGGGACAAGUACUCGCCUCGCAGAACGCCCACGGAACAGCUCACAUUCUUUCUGCCCCCAUUCAGUUGCAGCCGGGGCAGGUGGGCCAGCCAACUCUCUUCCAGAUGCCUGUCUCUCUGGCUGGUAGCCUAACAACUCAGAGCCAGCCCACUGCUGUGCCCUCACUGGCCGGUGGUGCCAUCAAUCACAGCGGUCAGACUGUUAUCCAAGGAGUCACCCUGCCUAACCAAGUGGCUAUGUUAAAUGCUACGGAGAGCCUCAACCAAACUGUGACCAUACAAGCACCCCCUAACGCCGCCAGCCAGAGCCCUGGUCUUAUUCAGCCACAGUCAGCUUCCAGCAGCAACCUGCUACCCAGUGACCAAGCCAAUAUGCUAACUGUCCAGUCCACCUCUCAGCCCUCCGCUCCUUCUCAGCUUCAGCUGAACGUUCAGCAGCAAACACCACCACCUCCUCAGCCACAAGCACAAAUAUCCGCGACUUCCCAGUCCAGCCCUAAUUUGGUGGCAUCAAGUCCCGAAAAGAUUAUUUUGGGCCAGACAGCCGCUGGAACUGUAAUCUCCCAGGAUUCGAUGCAGAUGUUCCUACAGCAGAAGGAUCAGAGCCAGCAGCAGCAGCAGCAGCAGCAGCAGCAGCAAUUUUAUUCAACAGCUCUGAAAAUGCAGCAGGAGAGCAGUAUGAAUGACUCUGCCGUUACUCCCCAUCUGCCAAUGCCUCUGCCCAUCUACAGCCUAGCCACCACUGCACUCAGCACCACAAGCAGUGUCCCAGCCUCGGUGAUAGUCAGCAGCAGUGUAGGCACAGCCUUGCAGCCGCCUGCCAGCCGAGAGCUGAACCAGAGCCACAACCUGCCACCGGUGGAUUCCAAAGUACCACAGUUCUCAACCGGCCCUUCCCAGCAAGCACUGGCUUGCCAGUUGCCUUCAGGGCAGCAGAAACUUCCUGGAGCCUCCCCUUCCCACUCACUACCUCAUCCUUCAAUGGGGGAAAGCCCCCAGCUCCAGCCCACGCACCUUUCCCAGAUCCAGUCUCCACACCAGUCCCGUCCUCCGUCCCAGCCUCAGCCCCUAUCCCGGCCACCUUCCCGGCCUCACUCAAGACCCCCUUCCCAGCCCCAGACUUUAUCCAGGCCGCCUUCUGAACCCCUGUCGCGGUCUUGCACCCCACAAACUCAGAUGCAGAACUUAUAUGUGAUCCAGAAUCAAAUUGCUUCCUCUCCUCAUGGUUCCAACCAGCAUCCCCUACGGCCUCCCUCGCAGCCUCAGGUACCGUUUCAAGCCCCUCAAGCCCAGCCAGAGGGACAGCCUCAGCUAGCAACCCCUCCACAUCUGUCAUUACAAGUGCAGCUUGCUCCUCAACUCCAGCCCCAGUCUGAGGCUCAGGCACGGUUGCAACCCCAGAUCCAGGCCUCUUCUGAAGUGCAGCAUACUCAUUCCCCCCAUUUCCAGUUACAGUUCCCUGCCCAAGGCCCUAUCAAACCACCCACCCCAACCCAGACCCUUCACCUGACAUCCGAACAACAGAGGAACUUUCAGAUGGUGUCCAAUCAGUUCCAGGCUCUCUCAACAAUCCCAGUUCCUGUUCCUCAGCAGAAACAGCUAAUGGAUCGGUUUCAGCAGGUUCCCCAGGGAAUUAUCCUGCAAACAAAACAGUCAACGUCCACUAGCCAGGCCCCACCCACCCUGAGCCAAUUUAGCAACCAGUCCUCUUCAGUGUUGGUUAGCAGCCAAGGACAGCAGCUCACAAUGACAACAAUUCCGGCUCAGGCACCAGCAGUUCAUGGCCAUACGCCUGUUCCCACAACCAUUCAGUCUUCCAGUACAGGUUCCAGCAAAGCAGCUCCUGUACUUGAAAAGGGGCAAGUGCCAAGGGGAACAACAAGCGGAGGAGGAGGUCAACAACCUGCACAGUGUACAGCGGUUCUUCAGCAGCAAACUCCCGUGUUGGUCAAAUCAGCAUCAGUAUCAAUUGCUGCUGCAGUUCCUACCGAGAAUAAAACAUUUUCCAGCAGCUCCACCAUUAUUUCUGGAGGGAAAGCAACUUCGGGGCAAGGAAAGGCCACAAUUCCUCAUGCUGUACAACAGUCAGUUCAGGCGAAGCCUGGAGUCAUUAGCUCCACAUCAGGCCUGAAUCUUGGGAAAGGGCAGCUGCCACUCCAGGUAGUUGGAAAAGGCUUGUCACAAGUCAUGUCUUCAGCACCAGCUCAAAUCCAGCAGCAGUAUGACAGCAAGCUGGGAAGCCUGAAGAAAGCACCCCCGAUGCUACAACCAAGCAAGGAAGCUUGCUUCUUGGAACAGCUACAUAAACACCAAGGAGCCGUUUUGCAUCCUGAUUACAAAACUUCAUUUCGGUCAUUUGAAGAUGCUUUUCAGAGGCUCCUACCUUACCAUGUCUAUCAGGGAACACUGCCUUCUCCCCAUGACUAUCGGAAAGAUGAAGAAUUUGAAAUGGUGUCCACGCAGCUGUUGAAACGUACACAAACCAUGCUGAACAAAUAUCGGUUACUCCUCUUGGAAGAGUCCCGGAGAGUCAGUCCUUCGGCAGAGAUGGUGAUGAUUGACAGGAUGUUCAUACAGGAAGAAAAAACUACCUUAGCUCUCGAUAAACAGCUAGCAAAGGAGAAGCCAGACGAGUAUGUCUCCUCAUCUUCCCGCUCACAGAGUUUUGCUUCUUCUUCUUCUUCUUCUGCGGCUCAAGGGUCUCUGCCCAGCCAUGUUCCUUUGACCUCCGAGAACUUGAAAUCGCCUCCGGUACAGAUGCCAACUCAUAUCAACCCCACCAAAUUGGUUAUCAAGCACAGCGGAGGGUCUCCAUCUGUAACGUGGGCUAAAGCGUCUCCCUCGUUGGAUGGCGACGAUGAUGCCCUGCCCUCUAGGAGCAGGCCACCCAUUAAAACCUACGAAGCCCGGAGCCGGAUUGGGCUGAAGCUAAAGAUCAAACAAGAAGCCGGACUUAGCAAAGUGGUUCAUAACACUGCACUGGAUCCUGUUCACCAGACACCGCCACCCGUGUGCACGGUGAUCAAAACGGCUGACCAGCACUCGUCCACGUCAUCCGUUAGCACCACUGCAGCUACGACGGCGACCGCCACGGCCUCAACGGCGGGACAAAUGAACGGGACCGUUGACCAUAUCGGUGCAGCUCCAAUGGAGAAAAAACCCAUGGCGACCUACUGCAGGCUUCCUCUGCGUAAAACGUACCGGGAGAACGUGGAUGCUUUUGUAGCCGAGAAGGCUCCUGAUGCCUCUCUCAAAGGGAGUGUUUCAAAAUCUGAUACGGUGCCAAGUACUCUUAUCAUCAAGCAGGACGGGGGGUCCCGAAGUGUUAUCACAUCCCACAAAUCUCAGGAGAGUCCUUCCGGCACGGUGGCCGAGAAGAGCAGGUCGGAGGAAAACACCAAACACACUUUUUUCAACCGUAGCGAUGCCCGCUCUUUGGUGAUGCAAGGAAGCCCUGCCCCUCCUAAGACCGACGAUUCAACCAGUGGCCUUAUGAAGGAAUUGGCAGAGGUGGAAGAUGAGUUUUACCAACGCAUGAUAAAGACUGAGCCACUUGACCACGGGCCGGCCUCCGAACUCGCGUGGGAGGUGCCCUUGCCCCCAGCCAAAAGAAGAAAGUCAGAAUCUUUUGAUGUGGACAAUGCCAGCUUCUCCAGCGACAGCCCCCCCGAUGACUCGCUAAACGAGCAUCUACAGAGCGCCAUUGACAGCAUCCUGAAUUUGCAGCAACCUCAGGCCGGGAGCCAGACUACGCGAACGCCCUCCUCUUCCUACAAUUCGUCCUCUUCCCCUUUCUCCUCACCCGUCCACCGCACGGACACGUACCUUGCCCCCAAUCACAACGGUGGCCUUGGAACCAGGACGUUAAACAGAUAACAGAAACUGAAAGCGAGUCAAGACUGUAGAAAAAAAAGGAGAGCCAAGGACUGAAGCUGCAGCAGCUUCUGCUGGCUGGGAACGGUUGGAAACCAAGGUGCCACUUCCCAGAGACCUGCUAGAAUAGGGCUGAUACCAGAAGGGAAGAGUGUGGGGGUUCUGGGGUGGGGAGGGCAACAAGAAUGUCCUAUAGAGGCUUCAUCCAUCCAAGUGUUGUUUUGAUGGGUUUCGGUUGUUGUAAAGUACAAGCUUUGGCUGGAUUUACAAUAUACUCACCUCAUCACAUAAUGCACCAUUAAAAACAAA